CGUUACGGUCCGGAGAAGGCGAUCCAGAUGACGGCCCUCAGUGCCGAACAUCAAGGACGGUGUCCUCUGCUUCUCUUAAAAAACGAUUUAUCCGGAGGGGAAGAGUCGCUCCCAAGGCCAACCACAAAAAUGUGAACACAGACUCUCAUUUGUGCAAGUGCUUCAUAGUCUCCAAAUCUGUUCGACGGAUUCUAACUGUGUGCCUGCUCUCUUUCCUCGCCCUGCUUGGAUCUGUUUCCACUGACCUCAGCUCCAAUUUCCAGUUGCUCCACUCUACAGAGGCCGCUUACGAAGAGCUGGCAUCAUGCCGGACGGUAGCCAUCUUGCACCUGGUCCGUAAGCUCCAAAUGAUGCGGCAUCUGUUCAGCAAAGACGUGGCGAAUGAGACGUUGAACGGCAACGUUUCUGCGCUUGCAGUGCCCGUGUGGAAUCUGUGCGGCGACGUAGUGGGCCGCGGCAACGGCUACGGGCUCCGUUGCCAUGUUGAGGUGGCUGAAUUUUGCCAGGAGAUUGAAAGAAGCGCUCACGGAUCGUUGAAGGCUUCGCUGGAUACAAACGGAAGGAGUGAAAACGACACGUCUGCUCUGAAUGUGUUCAUUGGAGGACUUCUUGAUAUGUGGGCUACAGAAGAACACGCAGCAAGCAAAGCCCGACACGACUCCAACUGGAGAGAUGUUUUCGCUGCGAGACUUCUGCUCACCUUUAUAGAGCUCAACCACCAGUUCAGGGACUUUCCCCAUAUGGCGGCUCUACCGGUCUUCCAGGAAAAGUGGAUUUAUGUAUUAAAUCACCUGCGCUUCGCUGCAUUCAUGACAGAACAACUGCACGACUGCUGGUUAGAGAACAUCGAUGGAAAGUUCAACUCGAGCCAGUACGUCAAAGAUGUCUUCGACACAAAUCUUUGGGAGAUCACAGAUUCGGGCAAAGAGCUGUCCGGGUCCCGCGCUGGACUCCAAGCUCUGAGCGAAACUCAGCAGUGCCUGUUUGCUCGUGCAGUGCCAGUCCUCAGACUGGCAUCUCGCUCAGUGUCCUCGGGCCUCAGUAUGAAGAUCAGUCUUCUGGCAAUUGCCUGUCUCAUCUACCCGGUGGUCAUGUUCUCAUUCAAGCAAAUGACUGAGUGGAUCCAAAACUAUGCACUCAGUUUAACAGAGAAGACGGAAGACCUGAGACGUCAACGGAAGCUGGCCGAAGAUCUGCUGCACCAAAUGCUGCCGAAAUCAGUUGCCAAACAGCUGCGCCGGCAAAAGCACGUGGAGGCCGAGAGCUACGAGAAGGUGACCAUUUUCUUCUCGGACAUCGUUGGUUUCACCUCCAUCUCGGCCUCCUGCACUCCUCUGCAAGUCGUGGAGAUGCUCAACAACUUGUACGUCUGCUUUGACACACGAAUCGACUCCUACGACGUGUACAAGGUUGAAACAAUUGGGGACGCAUACAUGGUGGUGAGUGGCCUUCCAGAGAGGAACGGCGACAGACAUGCAGACCAGAUCGCCAAGAUGGCUCUGGAUCUGGUUACGGCCGUCCGACAGGUGCUGAUUCCGCACAUGCCCAAUCAGAGGCUGCAGCUCCGAGCUGGAAUCCACACAGGUCCUUGUGUGGCAGGAAUAGUGGGCUACAAAAUGCCUAGAUACUGUCUCUUUGGAGAUACGGUGAACACAGCUUCUAGAAUGGAGUCCACUAGCCUGCCUCAAAAAAUCCACACGAGUUCCGAAACGUACUCGGCCCUCAUCAAAGACUACGCUUACGAACUGCAGCUUCGUGGUGAAAUUGAAGUCAAGGGGAAAGGUAAAAUGUGCACAUACUGGUUGAUCGGCCAUAAAAACUACAGUGUCCAGAAUGACAGUCUGGUUUGCCACUGGAAUCCUAACAUGGCCACGAAAAAGAAGAACGAAGCAAGCGGUCAUACCCCUGUGGCAAAUUCAUCAACGAGACCGCAGAGCCCCGGCGAAAACACCGCCACCCCGUUUGCCGAUCACACGCCACCGCAGCCUCGAUCUGAGAAGAUGAGCCCGAGUGCGAUGACCACGAUGGGGCCUUCAGACAGCAGCCAUGCCACCACAGGCCCCGUGGUUGGGGGACUACAAGGAGGGGACGGGUCCCCUUUCCCCAGUCAGUGCAGAAGCAGCAGUGGUGAAGACAAACGGGGCCUUCUGCCGGGCUCCACAAACAACAACAAUAACAACCUCAGUCAUUACUGGAACUUAUAUGACGAAAUAAUAAGGGAUUCAUAA